CCAUUUUCCAGUGUAGUAUAGGUUGUCUUUCCCGGUGUGAGUGAGCUUGACCUGACGUAUUGCAGAAAUCAGAAUCCGCACUAGCAGUUAUUUCUUUCUUCGCAAUCCAUCAAAUCCCUAAUUCCUCUUCUUCAAAUCUAAGAGAUAUUUCUUAAAUUAAACAUCGUUCCACCCUUGGCUAUGGAAUCCAUCUCAAGCUGUUUAUUAUUAUUAUUAUUAUAUUUCACGUUGAGUCUCAUCUUGACUCACUCCGACUCAGCACCACAAGCCUUCCGUCGUGACCCCGGCCACCCUCAGUGGCAUCAUAGCGCUUUUCAAGAUGUCCGUGACAGCGUCCGAUCCGACGUCCGCGGCAUGCUCCACUCUCGCGCCGAGGUAUCUCACUACAAUGAGGUUCCAUUUCAGGUUCCGUUGGAGGUGAAUGUAGUGCUCGUAGGUUUUAAUGGUGAUGGAGGGUAUAGGUUUGGUGUAGAUUCGCAUAAAUUAGAAGAGUUUUUGAGGAUCGGCUUCCAAACUCACAGGCCUUCAUGUAUGGAGACUGGCGAGCCUCUUGAUAUUGAACAUCAUGUCGUUUUUAACGUGUUUCCGGCUGGGCAGCCGGAACUGAUUGCGCUUGAGAAGGCAUUGAAAGAGACUAUGGUUCCUGCUGGGAAUGCAAGAGAAUCUGAUUUUGGAAGGGAGGUGCCAUUGUUUGAAGUAGAAGCAGCGACCGUGGAACCAGUAUUUCACAAAUUAUAUUCCUACAUAUUUGAUUUGGAUAAUUCAGAGUACUCUGCCAAAGAUAAUGACAGACCUGCUCCUAAUGCAAUCUUUCUUGUAAAUUUUGAUAAGGUGAGAAUGGAUCCUAGAAACAGGGAAAUUGACCUAGACAAUUUGAUGUAUGGAAAACUUAAGGAGUUGUCUGAUGAAGAUUUGAGGAAACAAGAGGGAGAUUACAUUUAUCGGUAUCGGUAUAAUGGAGGAGGAGCAACUCAAGUUUGGCUGAGUUCGGACAGAUUUGUCGUGAUCGACCUGUCAGCAGGCCCUUGCACAUAUGGAAAGAUUGAAACUGAAGAGGGAAGUGUCAGUUCCAGAACACUGCCACGCAUACGGAACAUGAUGUUUCCAGGAGGUGUAGGUGCUGCUGGUGAUCAUUCUAAUCGUGAUACUUUUGUUGGACAACUUGCUGCUUUAAUAUCAACCACGGUAGAGCAUGUUGUGGCUCCAGAUGUUAGGUUUGAGACUGUUGAUAUGACAACAAGAUUGCUCAUACCAAUCAUUGUUCUACAUAAUCAUAACAGAUAUAAUGUUAUUGAGAACGGUCAUAAUUACAGCAUCAAUGUUGAAGAAAUUGAAUCAGAGGUGAAGAAGAUGGUUCAUGAUGGACAAGAAGUUGUGAUUGUUGGUGGUUCGUAUGCUUUACAUAGUCAUGAGAAGUUGGCUAUCGCUGUAUCAAAAGCAAUGCGGGGUCAUUCCUUGCAAGAAACUAAAAAGGAUGGACGUUUCCAUGUCCACACCAAGACAUUUCUGGAUGGAGCUGUACUUAAAGAAGAGAUGGAACGGUCUGGCGAUGUGCUUGCUGCAGGUUUAGUUGAGAUUGCCAACCCAGCUCUUUCAAGCAAAUUUUUCCUUCAACAGAACUGGAUGGACGAAUCUAACGGUUCAAGUGAUUCAAUUCUCAAGCAUAAACCUCUUUGGGCCAGUCAAACCUCUAAUAGUGUCAAGAAGAGGAAAAAGCAAUUGCAAAAGAAACAAGGAGAUCUGCAACGGACUUAUGGGACAAGAGUUAUUCCUGUCUUUGUGCUAUCGCUGGCUGAUGUGGAUCCAAAUCUUAUGAUGGAGGACGAAAGCCUUGUUUGGACAAGCAAAGAUGUUGUGAUUGUUCUCCAGCAUCUAAAUGAAAAGAUACCUCUGAGUUAUGUUUCGGAGAUAGAGAGAAGGCAUGCCUACCCAUCACUCGCACAGCGCCACAUAUUGGCAGGACUUGCUUCUACUGUGGGCGGGUUGAGCGCACCAUAUGAAAAAGCAUCUCAUGUGCAUGAAAGGCCAAUUGUAAAUUGGCUCUGGGCGACUGGUUGCCACCCAUUUGGACCAUUCUCUAAUACUUCCAAAGUCAGUAAAAUGCUACAGGAUGUAGCCUUGAGGAACACAAUUUAUGCUCGUGUGGAUUCUGCACUGCAUAGAAUUCGUGAAAUGUCAGAGGAUGUCCAAACUUUUGUUGCGGAGUAUCUAAAAACCCCUCUUGGUGAACCUGUCAAAGGCAAGAAGAAAAAGACAACAACCGAAUUGUGGUUGGAGAAGUUCUACAAAAGGACAACGAACUUGCCAGAACCUUUUCCACAUGAAUUAGUUGAACGGUUGGAGAAGUACCUAGACAGCCUUGAGGAACAGCUUGUAGAUCUGUCUUCUUUGUUAUAUGAUCACCGGUUACAAGAAGCACAUUUGAACAGUUCCGAAAUUCUUCAAAGUGCUCUUUUCGCCCAUCAGUAUGUUGAAUAUGUUUUAACCUCUGAGAGAGAGAAAAUGAGAUGCUGUGACAUUGAAUACAAAUAUCCUGUGCAUUCUUCACAGACUUAUAUCUAUGGAGGGAUUCUUCUUGCUGGGUUCUUUGUGUAUUUUGUCGUCAUUUUCUUUUCUAAUCCUGUCCGUUGAUGAUACGAACCCAACCGAUGAACUGUUCUCAGUUUUUGAAGGCACUGAUGUUUUACUGUGGGUGGGGGGGUAAAGCCCUAUACCGACAAGUAUAAUGUUGAAAAGAAAUUGACUAAUCCUUUUGUAGUUUAAAGCACAAUAUGAUAGAUUACCGCUUCUCUCA